AUGUAUUCCUUCAGUGUGCUUGCCAGCCUCGGCCUCUUGGCCAGCUCUGCCCUCGCGGGCCCUAUCAGUCUUCCCAAGCGCACAACUUCAACUGGUCAAAACGUUGUUUACUGGGGCCAAAACGGUGGUGGAAUCGUUGAAAACACCGAUCUUACUACGUACUGUUCUAGCACCAGCGGUAUCGACAUUAUCGUUCUAGCUUUCUUGUACGAAUUCGGUAACGGUGUCACCGUUCCCGGAGGUGGAAUUGGCCAAACGUGCUCUAUCUUGGCUACCUCCGGUACUUCUCAGUCUUGCGAUGCUGUUGCCUCGGCCAUUACCACUUGCCAGAAAAAUGGUGUCAAGGUCUUUUUGUCUCUUGGUGGUGGCACCGGUGGCUACUCGCUCACCUCUCAGGCUGAGGCCGAAUCUAUUGGCCAAUACCUCUGGGAAGCCUAUGGUAACCCAUCCACUUCUACCGUUACUCGUCCGUUCGGUAACGCUAUUGUCAACGGUUGGGACUUUGAUAUUGAGAACCCCUCUGGUAGCCAGUACUACCCUUACUUGAUCUCCAAAUUGCGCUCCAACUUUGCCAGCGACAGCGCCAACAAAUACUACAUCUCCGGUGCUCCUCAAUGCCCUAUCCCCGAACCCAACAUGGGAACCAUGAUCCAGAACUCCGAAUUUGACAUGCUCUUCGUCCAGUUCUACAAUAACAACAACUACACAUACCCCUGUGCGUUGGGUAUCAACGGUGAUGCCGCCUUCAACUUCCCCCAAUGGCAAUCUUUCAUUUCCACCUCCAACUCGUCCUCCGCUGAAAUCUUCAUCGGCGUCCCCGCUGCUCCUCUCGCCGCCAACGGUGCCGACGCCGGUUCAGUCUACUACGCCACCCCCAACCAACUCAACACCAUCGUCAAGGCCACUGAGGGUAAUUCCUCGUUUGGCGGUGUUAUGCUAUGGGCCGCCGGUUACUCCGACUCCAACGUCAACAACGGUUGCACCUACGCCCAGGAGGUCGAGACUAUCCUUUACGAUGGUCAAGUUUGCUCCGGAUCUUACGACGUUACCCCAAGCUUGACGCCUGUGGCGCCUACUCCUUCUUUCUCCGGAUCUACCGGAACAUCAACAUCGACUUCCACUGCCACUGGAACUCCAGUGCCCGAGUGGGGACAGGUAUAA